AUGUCCUCCUCCGCCAUCCCCGACCCGCCAGAAGGGCACGUCCGCCCCGUCGUCUUCUUCGACAUCAACAUCGGCGAAACGCCCUCAGGCCGGAUCAAGAUGGAGCUCUUUGACGAUGUGGUGCCCAAGACGGCCGAGAACUUUCGGCAGCUGUGUACGGGGGAGCAUAAAGUAACGGGCGUGCCGCAGGGAUACAAGAAGAGCAUGUUCCAUAGAGUGAUACCAUCGUUCAUGGUGCAAGGGGGAGACUUUGUACGAGGCGACGGAACGGGAAGCUUCAGUAUAUACGACACACCACAAUUCGCCGACGAGAACUUUCAGGUCAAGCACACCGUCCCAGGUCUGCUGAGCAUGGCCAACUCCGGACCAGGUACAAACGGAUGCCAGUUCUUCAUAACGGUAGCACCCGCAGACUUCCUAGAUGGGAAGCACGUGGUCUUUGGGCGGGUGGUAGAAGGGAUGUUGACGGUAAGGAAGAUAGAAAAUACGCCAACGGGGCAGAACAAUAGACCAAAGCUGAAUGUGCGGAUAACAGAAUGUGGCGAGAUGUAA